GAGGAUAUCACGAUGCGUGAAGAUUUUGGAGAGAUUAAUUUGGGUCGGCAAGAUGAUGAUUUUGGUGAUUCCGCGUUUGACGAAGCUUCUAGCCGGGAAGUGCUUCGAGAGGGUGAUAAAACGUUUUCUGACGGAAUGUACCGAGCUAGUGGCCAGUUAUCUGUCCGAGCCGGAACAGACUUCAGUCUGCGUUCCGAUCAAGAUAUGGAUGGAACACUGAUAGCCGGCGAUCACGUGGACGGACUACGCGAUGCGGAUAAGCACCCGAAAUCCGCUGAUCUUGCAGCCAGGCCAGACGAUAUUGGAAUCGACGACAAUGAUUUCGAUGGUGGCUUCUUGCCCGGUGCAGACGAUGAUGAUGAAAACUUUGGCGGUGAAAUUGACCAUUCCUUGUUCGCCGAUGCCGGGAUUUUCGAAGAUCCGUCCGCCCAGAAGCAAUUGGAACAUCUGACAUCGGAGAUUGAAUCUCACAUGGACACUGCUGGUUUUGGUCUUGGCGAAACUGGAGUGACUCCAAUGCCUCAAUCCGGUAAUGCAGUGUCCGAGGUGGAACAGGUUCUGUCCGGUGGCAAACCGUUGGAUGAACAGUUGCCCGGUGACCAACCGUCUGUUCAGAUUCCACCAAUGGCCGGUCAGACACCCAUACCCACCGGUGUUGGUGAACAGGCAGCUGUGACGGCGGAACCAAAAUUAACCGGCUUACCCACUGUGAGUAUGACCACAUCGCGAAUCGGAAUGACCACCAUGCAGACGGAAAGCACUACACUAAUCGCAAACGAAUCUGAGGCAUUCGCUCUGCCACCAAUCGAUGCGACCUCGGUUACCAGUGUUGAACCGAAGAGGGCGACAAAACGUAAACGGCGUCUAAUUGUGGAUGAGCAGAAAUCAAUCCCGAGUGAAAUCAUGAAGCUCCAAAUGGAAGACACAUCCGAUAUUACAACCCAACUAGAAUUGGCUCCACCGACCAAAAAACUGAUGCAUUGGAAAGAGACAGGCAGUGUGGAUAAACUGUUCACUUUACCCGGUCGUGCUAUUCCCUCGCGUGUGUUGCAACGUCUGUUUGUGCGCAAUUUGCACAUCGUGUCUGUCCCGGAUGACGCGUUGGAGGAACAAUUGCAGCCGCUCAAGGUAGGCCCGGUCCCGAUCGUGCCACCGGUCUCAUCUGCCGAUCAAACAAUGCCCGAGGUGAGCUCGUUCGACGCGGCACAGGUCCCCACAUCCGAAGCUGCUCAACCCGAGUUUCCACCAGCCAAGUCUCCAGCUCUUUCUCAUGAAGAACAAGAGCCACCACAGGUGCUAGGUAUGCAAAAGCUUGACGUGAUUAAGGAAGUGGUUGAAGACGUGGUUGUCAGUCAACAGGCCUCUUCGGAACGCAAAACAUCUGAUUUAGAUGAAGUCCACGAUGCUAUCUGUCGAGAUGAUGAUGGAGAGUUCAGCGACCAUGCGAUGCACGACGAUUUGGCGUUCAUGGGCGAGCCCGAGACUCCCUAUCUAGCCCCACCCAGUGUGCUCUCCGAGGCUCCGCCUAGCGUUAUGCAAGCGGAUAUGCUUGCUCUGGAACGUGAACUAGCCGCGGCUGAUGACGAGGCUGAACAUGAAUUUGCUGCGGUGUUUGGCACCGAACCGGACGCGAAUGGACUCAUUCCCACUGGAUUGUCCAGUAUGGACACAAUGGGUCAGUCCGGUGCGGCUACAACGGAAACACUGGAGGAACGUCGUUUGGAGAAACGGUCUAAAGUGUUGCUUCGCAUGCUUCGUGCACAUUUGCAACAACAGGGCUGGGAUGAUUCGCUAUCGCUUCAGUCCAUUUGUGCCGGAAAUACGAAGAAACAGGCCGCUUCCAAAUUCUACACCAUUUUGCUGUUGCGUAAACAAAGAGCAGUUGAACUGCAACAAGAAUCCGCCUAUGCUGAUAUUCUCAUCUCCAGGGGCCCGAAUUUCAAUCGACUUAUCGAAGUCUGA